AUAAUAAUAUGGUUACAGUCGAGCUUUCUAGAUCAUUGAGUGCCAAGCUAUGCUAGAUGCUCUGUAUAGUAUAUAUUACAUUUUAUUUGAUGAAUUUAGUAUUAUUUCCAUUUUGCAUUGUAGCAGGGAGACGGACGUAAUAAAAAAUAUUUUUAAAUAGAAUUUCAGAGAGUGAUAACGGAGAAGACAAAACAGUAGCAGGAUAAGGGGUUGCCUGGGGGGUGGGGCAGGAAUGCCCCUGGGAGGAUGGGACGUGCGUUAGCCAAGACUAGAGACUCAAAUGUCAGGAGGGGACACACAUUCCAGGAAAAGCUUGCCGGGCAGCAGGGACAGCUGGGUGACUGGGGACCAGCAAGGAGGCCAGAGGGCCUAGGGUAAGCAGCCGGGGGAGGCCCCCAGUGCACAGGGAGGGGCGGGCAGGCCUAACGAGGAGUUGGGGUUUCGUUCUGAGAGUGAGAAGCGACUCUGCUGGUGUUUGGUGGGGUCGUCUCUUUCACUUGUCAUUGUGAAAUCAAAAUUCAGACACGGACGAAAAUGGGUAUUGGUGACCUGCCACGUCACCCAAAGCCAGCCCCUGUGAUCACCAACAUUUUGCCAACCUGACUUCUUCAGUGUCCAUGUACACACUUCGGAAUUUUUGAAAACACACCCAAGACACCCUAUUCUAUCAACCAUAAAUAAGUAAGGACUUUGUAGUUUUUCUACCAUAAUAGUAGAUCUUAAGCAGAUAUCACAUCUCUUGUUUAUCAGUUCUGGGUACGCACACUUAACAUUGCACCAGGCACGCGCCAAAGUGCCUGUUUUAUUGCCAGCACUGGGUAUUAGGUUUAUAGUUUUGCUAAGUGGAUUUAAAGAAAGAAAGAAGGUGUGUGUAUUGAUUUUUAAACUCUGUAGUACGGUGGCCGCCAAGCUGGACCAUGCCAGGAUCCAGCCCUUUCCCCGGGGGGCGUGGCCUCUCACAGGGGACCUCUUCCCCUCGCGCUGACCCACCGUGUCUUGUAGGCGAGGCCCUGGGCCUGAACAGGCCUGUGCUGGUCCCGUACAAACUGAUCCGGGACAGCCCAGACGCCGUCGAGGUCACGGGCCUGCCCGACGACAUCCCUUUCCGGAACCCCAACACGUACGACAUCCACCGGCUGGAGAAGAUCCUGAAGGCCCGAGAGCACGUGCGCAUGGUCAUCAUCAACCAGCUCCAACCUUUUGCAGAAAUCUGCAAUGACGCCAAGGUGCCAGCCAAAGACAGCGGCAUUCCCAAGCGCAAGAGAAAGCGGGUCUCCGAAGGGAACUCCUUCUCCUCCUCCUCCUCGUCUUCCUCCUCCUCAUCCUCUAACCCGGAGUCCGUGGCGUCCACCAACCAGAUCUCACUCGUGCAAUGGCCAAUGUACAUGGUGGACUAUGCCGGCCUGAACGUGCAGCUCCCGGGACCUCUGAAUUACUAGACCUCAGUGCUGAAUCAGGACCUCACUCAGAAAGACUAAAGGAAAUGUAAUUUAUGUACAAAGUGUAUAUUCGGAUAUGUAUCGAUGCCUUUUAGUUUUUCCAAUGAUUUUUACACUAUAUUCCUGCCACCAAGGCCUUUUUAAAUAAGUAAA